UAAUGGUUUUGCAUUACUUUGGACCAUUGACCAUUCUAUUAUUCUCAUAUUCUAAAAUUGGAUACAAUAUUUGGAUAAAGAAUAUUCAAGGAACAGAUAGAAAUAAACGUAAACUUCAAUUGGCAACUGCUAAGAAAAAAAUGAUAGAGAUGAUGGUGACAGUUGUGAUAUUCUACGCUUUAUGUUGGUUACCACUUCAUACCAUAACCCUUGUUGGUGACCAUAACCCAACCAUCUACAACAACAAAUAUAUUCCUAUACUAUGGUUGGGUUUUCAUUGGCUUUCAAUGAGUAACAGUUGCUACAACCCAAUAAUUUAUCUUUGGAUGAGUCCUAAAUUUCGAGCUGGCUUACGGAUGGCUCUGAACAGUUGUUGUCAAAAGAAGCAGACGACAUUGUCGUCUGACGAGGAAAUUUACAAAAAGAUACAAAUUAUCUUCCCGCGCUUACGAUAUGAAUUUCAAAUGGAGGAAAAUGUGAAUAAUAAGAGAAGUACACGACAGAAAAUAAAGGAUUUGAAGUCAGGGGAAUACAUUUUUCCGGAAAGUAGCAUACACAGUGACACGUGAUCGAAUUUUAUAAUAGAGGUACAUCAAAAGGAAAAGUAUGUUGUUCAUACUUUUUU